AUAUAUUAUUUUCCAUUACUAUAUAUGUUUAUUUAAACAUACUACUCCAUAUAUGUUUAUUUAAAGUUUAAAACAUAUACGGCUCUAUGGAUCGCUCCAACGGCGUUACGAGAAGAGACACGUACCCGUCUGAGCUCGAAAAUGGCGCAGCAAUGGCGGACGUUGGCGCCAAGAGAAGUGAUGUUGAGAGAGAAGGGGAGGAAGAGGAGGAUGUGUCUGUGGAGAAGAUUUUUGAGAGCAAAGAGGUGCCUUCAUGGCAGAAUCAGCUAACACUGAGGGCUUUCAUCGUGAGCUUCGUCCUGAGCAUUCUCUUCGCUUUCAUCGUCAUGAAGCUCAACCUAACCACUGGGAUUAUACCUUCCCUCAGUGUCUCCGCCGGCCUAUUGGGCUUCUUCUUCCUCAAGACUUGGACGAAAUUGCUCCAGAAAUCUGGGCUUCUCAAACAGCCCUUUACCAGGCAAGAAAAUACUGUGAUUCAGACUUGUGUUGUUGCAUCUUCCGGCAUAGCCUUUAGCGGAGGUUUUGGCACCUAUCUGUUUGGAAUGAGUAGUGUUGCUGCUAAACAAUCAACAGAAGCAAACAAUUCUCAGAACAUUAAAGAACCAGGGCUGGCAUGGAUGAUUGGGUUUCUCUUUGUUGUCAGCUUUCUUGGACUCUUUUCAGUGAUUCCCCUUCGGAAGAUAAUGAUCAUAGACUUCAAACUCAUUUAUCCAAGUGGCACUGCAACUGCUCACUUAAUCAACAGUUUUCAUACCCCAAAGGGAGCUAAGCUGGCAAAGAAACAAGUUAGGGCUCUCGGGAAAUUCUUCACCUUCAGUUUCCUCUGGGGUUUCUUCCAGUGGUUUUUUACUGCAGGGGGUGACUGUGGAUUUGUAAAUUUCCCCACAUUUGGGCUCAAAGCCUAUGAACACAGGUUUUACUUUGAUUUCUCGGCGACUUAUGUGGGUGUUGGGAUGAUUUGUCCAUAUCUGAUCAACAUAUCUUUGUUACUUGGUGCAAUCCUUUCAUGGGGGAUAAUGUGGCCACUCAUACAGGACAGGAAGGGACACUGGUAUCCUGCAAAUCUUGGGGAAAGCAGCCUUCAUGGCUUGCAAGGUUACAAGGUUUUCAUAGCAAUUGCCAUGAUUCUUGGUGAUGGUCUCUACAACUUCUGCAAAGUCUUUGGGUACACAUUAUAUGGAUUGUAUCACCAAUUCAAAAACAAAUCGGUCCUCCCGGUUGCUGGGCGAUCGCCAAGUGAACCUUCAUUGUCGAUUGAUGACAAGCGAAGAACCGAGCUUUUCUUCAAGGACCAAAUCCCGACGUGGUUUGCAGUUGCUGGCUAUGUAGUGAUUGCCAUAAUCUCCACAAUAUCACUCCCCCACAUCUUCCACCAACUUAAAUGGUACUACAUUGUGGUGAUCUACAUUUUUGCACCAAUACUAGCCUUCUGCAACUCUUAUGGUUGUGGCCUCACUGACUGGUCAUUGCCAUCUACUUAUGGAAAGCUCGCAAUCUUCACAAUCGGGGCGUGGGCAGGGGCUUCUAAUGGCGGGGUUCUUGCGGGUUUGGCAGCUUGUGGUGUCAUGAUGAACAUUGUCUCCACUGCCUCAGACCUCACGCAGGACUUCAAGACGGGUUACUUGACCCUGGCUUCCCCUCGGUCCAUGUUCGUUAGCCAGGUCAUUGGAACAGCAAUGGGUUGCGUGAUCUCCCCUUGCGUGUUUUGGCUCUUCUACAAGGCCUUCCACGACUUAGGCCAACCCGGUUCACAGUACCCCGCCCCCUAUGGUCUUGUCUACCGGAACAUAUCCAUCUUGGGGGUGGAUGGGUUCUCAGCCCUGCCAAAGAACUGCCUCACUCUCUGCUACAUCUUCUUCGCUGGAGCCAUUGUCAUCUGUGGCGUUAGGGACGCUGUGGGGAAGAAGAGGGCGCGGUUUAUUCCCAUCCCGAUGGCAAUGGCGAUACCGUUCUAUCUGGGCAGCUACUUCGCCAUCGAUAUGUGCUUAGGGAGUCUGAUUCUGUUUGUGUGGAGGAAGAUGAACAAGAGAAAAGCCGAUGCUUUUGCACCAGCAGUGGCUUCUGGGCUAAUCUGUGGUGAUGGAAUCUGGACAUUACCUCAAUCAAUUCUGGCUCUGGCUGGGGUGAAUCCACCAAUUUGCAUGAAGUUUCUGUCAAGAAAAGACAAUGCAAGGGUUGAUACAUUCUUAGGUUCUUGAAUCAAUCUUGAUCCAUAUCUCACUGUCAAACUCAAAACCAGGGUUUAAUCUUUUUGAAAGGGAUAAUGUUCCUUUCAAAUUGUUACAUACUUACAGUCAGUGUUGCGAAAAUCGCAUAGGCGCUAGGCGGUCAGCCUCCUAGGAGUCCUAAGCGGUCCCCAGGCGCCUAGCGAUUUUUCAACAUUGCUUACAGUAUAUAUAUGUAUUGUGAUGUUUCUACAGUCCAAGUGCUAAGAUGUAGCAGGAAUGUCAAGAUUCAUAUACAAGUGUACCAAGAGUUUGAAUGUAAUAUUCAGUGUGUUUGCAAUAGUAAAAUACCCAAUGUUUGAUGUUCC